AUGAGGAUCGAGCUAAUUCCCAGAAGCUACUCCAAGGAGGAAACGAUCUCAGAAAGAUCCAACAGAUCCGAGACCGAUUUGAGUGUGUAUUUCGAUGAGUGUUUUAGCUUCAUCGACCAAGCUAUUCAAUCUGGAGGUGGUGUUUUGUUAACUCUGCAAAUCUCUGCAGAACCAAAUCGAGACCUCCAUGAGAAGCUUGAGAAAGAUCUUCAAACUCAGGUACUCGACAAGCAUUACGGUCUCCAUCAUACAGUCCCCACUGCGCCUCAAUCUCUUGGUGUGUGCUUGUCACCACCAUCUCGGUUGUAUCUAGGCUCAGCUCUUCAACUUCUCUUCUCCUCAUAA